GUAAGCCUGUGUGUGUGUGUGUGUGUGUGUGUAUGUGUGUGUGUGUAUGUGUGUGUAUGUGUGUGUGUAUGGGGGGGCACUCUCCACCCACCUCUGGGAUCCAUGUAAUGGGCAAAGCCAGUCCUACCUGCUCAUGCCAACCCAAUGCUCAAUGUCCCAACCCUAUGGGCAUGCACAAGUGCACAGAGCCCAAUGUCAGCCUAUGGACUCCACCAGGGCAACAGAACAACAAACAAGGGAAGGAGAAAAUCAUUUGGAAUGAGCCUCUGGUUCCUUAUCCGGGGACCUGAGCGCACGUUGUGAUUGGCUGGAGGAGUCACAUGGUGAAAGUAACUUUACGGGGUCGCCAGCUAGUAGGAGGGCUUUAUGGAGCAGAAAAACGACAAAGCGAGAAAAAUUAUUUUCCACUCCAGAAAUUAAUGAUCAUGAGUUCGUAUUUGAUGGACUCUAACUACAUCGAUCCGAAAUUUCCUCCAUGCGAGGAAUAUUCGCAAAAUAACUAUAUCCCAGAGCACAGUCCGGAGUACUACAGCCGCUCCAGGGACCCUGCCUUUCAGCACCACCAGGACCUGUACCCGCCAAGAACUGCUUACCCAGAGCGCCAGUUCAGCUGUGCCAGUAUCCAGGCGCCGGGCAACCCAGCAACCCACCCCAGGCUCCAUGGGCAGCCCCAGAGCAACCACAACCUUGUAGGCAAAUCUCAGCUGUGUGAGCAUCCAACCCCAUCCCUUGCCUCCAACAGCAGCUCCAGCUCUCCCUCUCCUGCACCCACAGCCUGCACCCAGGCACCCACCUCUGAGCACCCCACCAACACUGCCUCUAAACAGCCCAUAGUCUACCCCUGGAUGAAGAAAAUACACGUCAGUUCUGUGAAUCCUAAUUACACUGGGGGUGAGCCCAAGAGGUCCAGAACAGCCUAUACCAGGCAGCAGGUCUUGGAACUGGAGAAGGAAUUUCACUAUAACAGAUAUCUGACCAGGCGAAGGCGCAUUGAGAUUGCCCAUUCCCUGUGUCUGUCCGAGAGGCAGAUCAAGAUCUGGUUUCAGAACAGGAGGAUGAAGUGGAAAAAGGACCACAGGUUACCAAAUACUAAAGUCAGAUCCAACGCUUCUUCCAAUGCUUCCAGCAACAUCAUUGCUUCUAGUGCUGCUGCCAGCGAGGAUCUAUCGCAAAGCUCCACUCAGGAUCAGCGAGAGGAUAUUACAAGGUUAUAAAACACAUGGCAACACACACAACAAAACAGAUGACUGAAUAUUUAUAGAAUCUAAUAUAUAUAUAUAUAUUUUGGUUCUUCUAGAUGUAUUCCUUUUUAUGUUCGUUGCUUGUGCGUUGGAAAAAAAAACAUGAAGUCUCUCGGUCAUCAUAUAAAGGCUUUAAAUGCAUGCCAGCCAGCAUGGAGCCAGGUUUUCUGUACAGUGUUUCUCUUUUCUUCUAUUGAUUUUUAUAAAGCCAGUUUGUCUUUAUUUAUUGUGCAUUUUUUGGGGAGGGGUGGGGGGAAAAUGUUCAGUUUCAUGUGAAUUUUUUUUUUCUUAAGAUUAAAAGAAAAACAGGGUUGUGAAUUUGCCCUUUAAAUAUUUAAAAUAAGUCUGUAGUAGAUGAAAAAUAUCGAAGUGGGACGAAUUUUUUUUUGUAUAAAACGAUAAGGAUGAUAUUACUAUGUGCAGAUCUUCUCAAAGGCACAGAUAGCAGCACACGAGCUAGAAAGUGGCGUGCAUUAAAUCAAAUAAUAACAAUAUUGUGAAGAUAUUGAAAGAAAGUUUCCAAGUCGGCUAGUUAGCUCGUUGUUUUGUGAAAAGUGUCCUACAAUUUCCCUUUUUUUAUUAUUUUAUUUUUUUAGUUGAGACUCUGAUGUAAUCCUAAUUGCUAUAAACAGUCCCAGUGUUAUGUGCCCGUCUCUGUGUUCAAUAAACCAGUGAGUGUGCUUGAGUUCUACCUGCCAGUCUAUUUGCUUAUUUUGCUGUACAUGUGAGCCACGGUUGGAGAGAUAGGUAGAUUCCAGGGGUUUAUAUUCCCCUUGCAAUAUUACAAUCCCAGGAGAUGGGGGAAUAUACAUCCCCUAGCACUGCACACUUCGUGCUGCUUUGUGCUUUUACAGAUGUAACCUUGAAAUGACUGAGCGAAUUGUUGUUUACAUUUAUUUAUUUUUUUAUAUAUAUAUUUAUUUUGUUAUUGGCCUAUCUGUGUUUUAUUACUGUGUAGCUAGGAUUACUCUGUGCUGUGUGAGCAUGAUAUUCCCACUUUCUAUUAGAUAAUACAUUGGAUUUCAUUCCGAGUAGAGUUUAAUAAAAAUUGGAAAAAAAAACCUCAA